CAAAAUGUCAAACCGUGUUAGCCACGUAGACACAGAGCAGACUGUGUCCCCGGGUACCCAUGACGCUGUGGUGCUCCAGCAAGGACGUGGCCUUCUACGCACCAUCUGUCCAACCUUCACCCCCGACUCCUUGGAGAGACUUUACCAGAGUUACUUCAGACGGCAAAGACAGGAGAACAUGCUGACACUGAUGACGUCCGCCGCUUUGUUCAACAGCUUUGUCAUCAUCAUGUGUGCAGUGGUUUACACCAAGGACAAACAGGCCAUGGUGGUAGUGGCCGCAGUGGGCUUGGCUGCCGACCUAGUCUUUUACGAGUUGUACAGGCGGCAGAAGCUGCCCAAGUCAGUGGUCUCGCGGGGCGCCAUUCCCUAUGUUCUGUGGUUGAUGGUUACCGUCCACGUUCUGUGCUACUCGGCACUCAACUACAAGCGCUUUCCCCAAGCCAGUGACUCGGUGGGCUGGCAGGCUUUUUUUAGCUUCUCCACCUUCCUGAUGCUACCUCUCAACCUGGCAGCCCUUCUUCUGCUGUCAGCCCUCUCCUGUGGGGUCCACAUCCUGGUGCUGGGGUUGACUGUGGCUCAGAAGUUUGAGGACAACCUGCGAGGGCCCAUGCUGGUCAGGCAGCUCCUGGCCAACACCAUGCUGUACCUGUGUGCAGCUGCAGUAGGGGUCCUGUCAUACUACAUGGCAGACAGGAAGUACAGGACAGCUUUUUUGGAGGCACGUCAGUCUCUGGAGGUCAAACUCACAAUGGAAGAACAGAGCACCCAGCAGGAAGAAUUACUGUUGUCCAUACUGCCCAAACACAUCGCCGAUGAGAUGCUGCAGGGCUUGAAGAAUCGUGCCGAUCAAAACCAGGUCCAGCAACAGCAGCAGCAGCAGUUCAACACCAUGUACAUGUACCGCCAUGAACACGUUAGCAUCCUGUUUGCCGACAUUGUGGGCUUCACCCAGCUGUCUUCUACCUGCAGCGCACAGGAGCUGGUGAAGCUGCUCAAUGAGCUCUUUGCCCGUUUCGAUAAACUGUCCGAACGACACCAUCAACUGCGAAUAAAGAUCCUGGGCGACUGCUACUACUGCAUCUGUGGUCUUCCCAACUUCAGAGAGGACCAUGCCGCCUGCUCCAUCAUGAUGGGCCUCUCAAUGGUAGAAGCCAUCUCUUACGUGCGAGAGAAGACCAAAACAGAGGUGGACAUGCGAGUGGGUGUCCACACCGGCACUGUUCUGGGAGGAGUUCUGGGCCAGAAGCGCUGGCAGUUUGACGUUUGGUCCACGGACGUCACCGUAGCUAAUAAGAUGGAAUCUGGAGGGAUUCCCGGGCGAGUGCAUAUUUCCCAGAGCACCAAGGAGAGUCUUCACGGAGAGUUUGAACUGGAGCCUGGUAAUGGCAGCGAAAGAUGCGAGUAUCUGCUGGAGAAAGGCAUUGACACUUAUUUGGUUGUGGUGCCUAAAAAGAAAUGCCAUAAGCUGAAUGGGAAAACAUCCAGUGUUUUGUACGCGGGAAGGUCUCACCAGUUGAUUAACACCACAUCAAACCACGCAGCCUCGUCAUCUCCAGUGUCGGAGUCACAACAGGAGAGGAACAGACUGGUUGAAGAGCAAUUCAUCAAUGUGCGGUUACAGCGGGAGCUCCUGGAAAGAGAAAGGCGGCAAAUAAUGAAGAACCUGAUCCAUCCCGUCUCGCUUUGGUUUGUUGAUGGCAAGCUGGAGACGCAUUACUCCUCAGAGAAGGAGAAGCGCAGCGGGGCGGCGUUCUGCUGCUGCGCUAUUGUGCUUCUCUUCAUCACGGCAAUGGAGGUGUUCAUAGAUCCUCUACUGGUUGUGAACUAUGUGACUCUUGCAAUAGGAGAGUUUCUUUUUUUCAUCCUCACCGUGUGCUCCCUGGCCGGUGUCUUCCCCAAGAUGUUUUCCAAGAAGCUGGUGUCCUUCUCCACUUGGAUCGAUCGCACGCGCUGGGCAAGAAACACGUGGGCAAUGGCGGCCAUAUUUGUCCUCACAAUGGCCAUCAUUGCUGACAUGCUCAGCUGUGUGCCGCCACAUUUCCAGGUGGUCAACAGCACCUCCGACCACACACUGGACACGUUGGGCGAAUGCGCGGAAAACCCCAAGCACUACAGUUUCAUGACUGUGAUGGCGCUAAUCGCCACCGCCAUGCUGGUGCAGGUCAGCCACCUAAUCAAGCUAGGCCUGAUGACGCUGGUCGUCACGGCGACGGGAGCUGUUAACAUCUACAGCUGGCGGAACAAUUACGACCUUUAUGACUUUUUACACUUUGCCUCCCACAGUGCAUCCAUGGUACCAUCCAAGUACCUCAUGACCAUGAUGACCAUCGUCAUGAUGCUCAGCUUCUACCUCUUCUCCCGCCAUUCGGAGCGUCAGUCCAGAAAGUUGUUCCUGUGGAAGAUUGGCGUGCACGAUCAGAAGGAGCGAGUGCUGGAGAUGAGGCGCUGGAAUGAAGCGCUGGUCACUAACAUGCUGCCGGAGCAUGUCGCCAAACACUUCCUAGGCACUAAAAAGAGAGAUGAGGAGUUGUACAGUCAGUCGUACGAUGAAGUAGGUGUGAUGUUCGCAUCCAUCCCUAACUUUUCAGACUUCUACACCGAGGAGAGCAUCAACAAUGGCGGCAUCGAGUGCCUCCGCAUUCUCAACGAAAUCAUUUCAGACUUUGACGGUUUACUAGACAGGGACGAGUUUCGCAACAUCACCAAGAUCAAGACGAUCGGCAGCACCUACAUGGCGGCGUCGGGACUCACCCCGAAAAGCAACGCAACUAACGGACAAUGCAGCCACAGGCCAGAGGACCAGACACUCGUCGAGCACUGGCAGCACCUUGCCGAUCUGGCAGACUUUGCAUUGGCUAUGAAAGUCACCCUCGACAACCUCAACAGACAGUCCUUCAAUAACUUCAUGCUACGAAUCGGUCUCAAUAAAGGCGGGGUUCUGGCGGGCGUGAUCGGUGCUCGUAAACCUCACUAUGACAUCUGGGGAAACACGGUCAACGUGGCCAGUAGAAUGGAGUCAACCGGAGUCAUGGGGAACAUUCAGGUGGUGGAGGACUGCUACGACAUUUUAAAGGAUUACAGCUUCCGCUUUGUGCGACGGGGGCCCAUAUUUGUAAAAGGGAAAGGGGAGCUGCUGACCUUCUUCAUGAAAGGGAAAGAACUAAACACGAACAACGGAGGCCUUCCACGAACAACUCUUCCUCAUGAGGUUGUGCACGUUUUUUGACUCGUGGUUAAAGGACAUGAAAAGAAGGAUGAACAAUCCAAUGGGAACACCAUUCUAAGUUUAUUUUUGUCGGGGUUGUUCAUAUUUUUCACAUCAGUUACACACCAUCUAUUGACAAAUACUGUAAAUGCAAAUGCACCUAAUUGUUAAAAGUGCAAUAUUAUUUUCUAUUUGUUAUAUUUUUUUACCUUACCUUGAGUUUUGGAAAAGCAUGUAGUUGGUUCAAUAUUUAUACUAAUCAUGAUUUUCAAUAAACAA